AUCACAACCCUAGUUACUGGAGCUCGAGGGAGAAAGAUUUAUUCAACGCAAGUUUGCUUUUUCUGUGCAUUAAGUGUAGGUAACACCUCUUUAAAACGUUGUUUUAUACUUUUUUUAAUUAUUAAACUUCGACUUGAUAUACCUGGCAAUUUAGACGUUUUACACGAUUAUAAACUAGUAGAGGUGGAGAGAAGGAUUGAAAAUGGGUAAAAACCUAAAGGAAGAGAACUCGGAGUCGUCGGAAUAUGGGGAACCUGCUCAGUAUGACCCCACCUUCAAUGGACCUGUUCGGAAAAGAGGCUGCACUGACAUCAUCUGCUGUGUUCUCUUCAUUGUCGUUAUCCUUGGCUACAUGGCGGUGGGGAUUUUGGCCUGGCUUUAUGGUGAUCCCCGACAUGUCCUCUACCCACGGAACUCAACUGGAAUGUUCUGUGGUAUCGGGCUCAAUAAAGCUCAACACAGUGUGUUCUACUUUGACAUACUGAAAUGUGUCACAUCAAUCAACAUCAUGGCCGCCACCCUUAAUGGGUUACAGUGCCCCACCACACAGGUGUGUGUGGAAAAGUGCCCAGAUGUGUUCUGGGCUCUCAAUCCUAUUGCCUACUUACCGAAUGCCAAGCCACAAGACUACUUCAACCAAUCACUCUGUGUGCCGUCCUUUGAUCUAGCAAGAACUACACUGAAAGUUAAGGAAAUUGUGGAUCAAGAGCUGUGUCCGUUCUUCUACACUCCUACUAUCUCUGUGCUGGGAAGAUGCCUACCUGAUAUUACCGCUCUGAAAAAUAUUCCUAAUGACUUUGCCAAUACGUGGGGCUUGCCAUCAGGCAUAAAUGAUACAGUCAAUGGCAUCAGGAACGCGAAAGGUGACAUAGUAAACAGCUUCAAUGCCAAGGAGAUUGGAGUGAGAAUCUUUGAGGACUUUGCGUCGUCAUGGCAGUGGAUCAUAGCUGCACUGGUCAUAGCCAUGGUGGUCAGUUUUCUGUUCCUCCUUCUGUUGAGGUUUAUUGCCCCUGUUAUGGUCUGGGUCCUUAUAUUUGGAGUGUUGGCAGUAGGUGCCUAUGGCAUAUAUCACUGCUGGUGGGAGUACGACAACUACAGAAAGUCUGCUGUCUCCAUCACUGACAUAGGCUUCACCACCGACUUCAAGGUCUACCUUCAUGUCAAGGAGACCUGGCUGGCCUUAUUGAUAAUCCUGUGUGUGGUAGAAGGCAUUCUUCUCCUGACCUUGAUCUUUCUGCGGACCAGAAUCCUCAUCGCCAUCGCUCUCAUCCAGGAGUCCAGCAAGGCUGUCAGUCACAUGAUGUCUACGCUGUUCUACCCUCUCAUCACCUUUGUUCUCUUGGUGGUGUGUGUGGCCUAUUGGGGCAUCACUGCUCUGUAUCUGGCCACUUCAGGUAUUCCAGUGUACAAAGUGGUGGCUCUCAACUCUACUCAGGAUAACUGUGGUCAAAUCAGCGGCAAUGAGACCUGUAACCCACAGACAUUCUACAACUCUACAGACUACUCGUGGUGCCGAUCGGCGCGCUGCAUCUUCAUCAAGUACAAUAACGAGGGCCUGCUGCAGAGAAACCUGUUCAACCUGCAGAUCUACAAUGUGGUGGCCUUCCUGUGGUGCGUCAACUUUGUCAUCGCCAUGGGCCAGUGCAGCCUGGCCGGGGCCUUCGCCUCCUACUACUGGGCCUUAAACAAGCCCUCGGACAUCCCCACCUUCCCGCUGUCCCAGGCCUUCAUCCGCACAAUACGAUACCAUGUUGGCUCCCUGGCAUUUGGUGCUCUGAUCCUCACCCUCAUCCAGAUAAUCCGGAUCAUCCUGGAGUACCUGGACCACAAGACCAGAGCGGCUCAAAACCCCUGUUCUCGGUUCCUCAUGUGCUGUCUGAAGUGUUGCUUCUGGUGUUUGGAGAAGUUCAUAAAGUUCCUCAAUAGAAACACCUACAUCAUGAUUGCCGUAUAUGGAAAAAACUUCUGUGUCUCCGCUAAAAACGCAUUCAUGCUUCUAAUGAGGAACAUUGUCAGGGUGGUGGUGCUAGAUAAAGUGACGGACCUGCUGCUGUUCUUUGGGAAGAUGCUAGUGGUGGGAGGAGUAGGUGUCCUGGCCUUCUUUUUCUUCUCUGGCAGAAUAAGACUACCAGGCAGCAAUUUCCGUACUGAAAUGCUCAACUAUUACUGGAUGCCCAUUAUUGUGGUUGUGGUGGGAGCAUACCUCAUUGCUCAUGGAUUCUUCAGUGUGUACAGCAUGUGUGUGGACACACUUUUCCUCUGCUUCUUGGAGGACUUGGAGCGACAUGAUGGAACGAUGCAGAAGCCAUAUUACAUGUCCAAGAACCUGAUGAAAAUCCUCAAUAAAAAGAACAGGGGACCUAAAAAUGGCAAAGGAAAGGUUUGAUGAAGUAGUGCCUUUAGACGAAUUAGAACCACAGUUACUUUCAAUAUUCUAGAAACAUCCUAUAAAUAUGACAUGUUUUUCCUUUCAGAUCUUUCAGCCUUCUCUUCUGUUUCCCCCUUUCUGACAUGUCAAAGUUGACCCAUAAUGGAUCACUUUUUUGCACUUUCAACUUGAGAUAACAUGUGUCCACGCUUAUAAGUGUGAUUAGAUAUUUUCUUAAAUUCCAGCUACUGCUAACAAUUUUAAUUUACCAAAACUAGAGCUUUUUAUUACUCUAACCAAAACCAAAUGUUUCUCUCCCAGUGCUUAUUUGUUUUCAAAAAAUACCUUUCUCAAGUGAGCAAAUUAUUUAUUAGAUACAGAAAUCGCCGCCAUAACUGUUUUAAAUACCUUUUUUUAUGAUCCUCAGUAUUCUGUAUAUUGUUUCAGUUUAUGGUCUCUUUUUUUUAAUAUGUAAUAUUGUAGAUAUUUUUUUAAUUUUUAUCUAACUUUAUUACAAUUUUUUUCCCCAUGCUGACAGCACUCCUGUAUAUUGCCUUGCUCUACAGGAAUAUACCUCUGGUUUAUUUCACACAUCAGCUUGAAUCAGUGGUGCAUGUGACCUUCUGAAAUGUUCUGAAACUCUUGAGACACUUGCAGGCUGCAGCCCCUUGUACAUGGGAGCUGAAGACACAGCUCUCUUUAGCAGAACUAAUAGCAAGUUAGGUAUGAGGUGUCUCAACGUGAUCUGAGCAUUUCCUAUUUUUCUGUAGGUAAAUCCGAGACACUCCAUUUAGUGAAUGGUAUGUGUUUAUUUGUGGCUCGCUUACAUCCAAUUAGUAUAUGUUGCAAAAUGUACAAUAUGUUACGAAUUCCAAUUUGUUGGCGCUAAUGUUUAGGUGGCUAAUGCUAACAUCAGCUAUCUCUAGUGGAUAAGGUUAGGUUAAAGAGUUAGCUAACAUGCUAAUUAGCUAAAAUGUUACUUGUCCGUGAUGAGAUUCGAACACGCAACCUUUGGUUUGCUAGACGUUCACGUUAUACGCCCACCCACCCUAUUUUUGUUAUUGCCUUAAGUAACCAUAACAAAUGUAAUAUCAUACUAAUUUAAAUGUCCCGGGUGUAAGUUUACUAUAUUACGUCUAGACUGAGACCAGUCUGGUCCCCUAUUUCUAUUGUUAUUAAGUAUGGACCCUGGGAAAAAUCAAAUUCAGUCUAGAGUGAGCACAUCCAUCCAUUUGGCUGCAUGCACUCAACACAACGAGUACUUUCAGUUGUCAAGUAUCAAUGUUAAUUUACCUCACAUACUUUACUACCCAAAAUGUCAUCUCACUACAUUCCUCAACCUCUUGUCUCCUGAGACCCAGAGAGGGAAUGCAUGUGGGAGUCAGCAAUCAUGUGAUCUACUAAAGGAGAGACUAAUCACGUGAUCAUUCAACAGUCCAGUACAAGAGAAUCUACUGUUGAGCCAAAUUCUAGUAGCAUUACAUUGCUGUAAUGCUACUAGAAACAGUUUGGGGGUAAACAACCUGUGCAACCAUAUGAUCAUCUCGACUGCAAUCAUAUUACUAGAUGGGCUACACCUGUUCCAGCUAAUUUAGGUUACAAUGAAGCUGAGUAAUUAUUUUAUUCUUGACAUGGAUCUAGUGUUCUUUGUGGUUGAAUGAAUCCCAUCUCUGCCUCACCCAUUGCCUCUAACAAUUCAGCAUAUUUGGACAUUUCAUAAACAGACAGCACCGGCCACAUUAAAUGUAUUAAACAACUAUUUAUUCAGACAGAGCUUUGGAAAUUGUUUUCCUGCUGUGACCAUUUGGUUUUGCACAAUGUCUCACUGUUGUCUUGCACAAUACUUUUUUUUUGGUCAAAAAUAAACUCCUAAUACAAAUGC